UCAAGGGGGCAAGGCGCCGCAAAGUAUAAAUAGUGACUUCAAUCGAGGAUCACCAGCAGGUUCCCCAACUCCGCUAUACCAAAGGAGGGAGAAAUUGGCCGAGGAAAACGCUGCAUAUUUAUGUCCCAUUUUCGGGCGCCUUCCCAGAGAGUUGGCAGCGGCAUCACCUCGUCUCGUUUUCAAGGGGCCGCACGCACCAUUGAUGUCUUAAACUGCCGUGGAGCAAAGGGAGAGACGGCGAAGUCUGCCUGGCUGAUUUUCCUUCCUCGAGAGGAAAAACAAUCAAAUAAAAAAAUAAUAAACCGAGAGUGUGUGAUGGAAGAGCUCACCGCCUUCGUGUCGAAGUCUUUCGAGCACAAAGUCAAGGAGAAGAAGGAGGUGAUCACCUACCGGGAGGUGCUGGAGACCGGUGCGGCGCGAGCGGCCGGCCGCGGCGGCGGGGAGGAGUCCUUAGCCCCGGAGCCCGGGAGCCGGGAGGAGGCGGCGGUCGUAGCCCGGAACGCGACGCUCUCGCCGGGCAGGGAGACGGACAUGCUCGGCCCGGAGAGGACCAGAGACGCCGGUAGCCCCAAACUCAUUGACGGCACCACGGAUGUGAAGGAGAGGAAAGAGGAGUCCGUAAAGGUCAUGGAGGACGAAGCGCAGACCAAAAUCAAGCAGAGGAGAAGUCGGACUAACUUCACGCUGGAGCAGCUCAACGAACUGGAGAGGCUCUUCGACGAGACCCACUACCCCGACGCCUUCAUGCGGGAGGAGCUGAGCCAGAGGCUGGGGCUGUCCGAGGCCCGGGUGCAGGUUUGGUUCCAGAACAGAAGAGCCAAAUGCAGGAAGCAGGAGAACCAGUUACAUAAAGGAGUCCUGAUCGGAGCAGCGAAUCAGUUCGAGGCUUGUCGCGUGGCACCAUAUGUCAACGUGGGAGCUUUACGAAUGCCAUUCCAACAGGAUAGUCAUUGCAACGUGCCGCCCUUCUCCUUUCAGGUGCAAGCGCAGUUACAGCUGGACAGCGCCGUGGCGCAUGCGCAGCACCACCUGCACUCGCACUUGGCCGCGCACGCGCCCUACAUGAUGUUCCCGGCGCCGCCCUUUGGCCUGCCGCUGGCCACGCUUGCCGCUGAGUCGGCGUCGGCCGCGUCUGUGGUGGCUGCCGCCGCAGCCGCCAAGAACACCAGCAAGAACUCUAGCAUCGCCGACCUGAGGCUCAAGGCCAAGAAACACGCGGCCGCCCUGGGCCUGUGACGAUGACGAUGAUGACGACCACGACACCGCUCGGGAACGCGCACGCAAGGGGGAAUGCCACCACUAGGGGCACGCGAGGACGCUAUUUCUGUUUUUCCAAUGAAGGACAACUAUGAGAAUAAAGGCUAUUUAUGAGAUUAUGAAAAGUGACUGCCUGAUAGCCUAUGGGAAGGCAUUUUUCUACGCCAAAAAACAAACAUGGACGGCCCUUGUGGCAGGAAGAGGAGGAGGAUGCAGCUGGCGAUACUUUGUCAAACAAGGCGAACCAUUCUGCAGUCUGUUUUAACAUAUUAUUAUUAUUAUUAUUACUUACAGAGGCUGGCCUCGUUAUAGCUCAACAUGGAUCCUCCAAGAAAGGAACAGAGGGGAUUCCUGUCCAAAAUGUUUGCAUGAGUCAACACGCUGACCUAUAGGUCCUUUUUUUUUAAUUUGGGUAAAGGUGAAGCCAGACACCACACAUGUGAGAACAUAAUAUAUGUUUUUGUUUUUUGAUAUGUGGUGUUGCAUCUCCUUUUAAAGGGGAUGCUUAUGUUAUAUAUAUGACAUUAUAUAACAAAAAAUGACUGUAAAAAGUGGUACGGGCACGUGUAAAAUAUGUUUAUACACAAGAAACUUAUUAUUUU